AUGAUCAGUUCGCGUCUGAUCCGAGGCGUCAUCUUGGCAGCCUUGCUCGCCGUUGUCGUGACGGCCCAAAAUGCCUCCACAACCACUGUCGCGCCGGCAAGUAGCCAGCGCUUUCGCCUCGGCAUUCUCGACAACUAUGCUCGCGCUCGUGCCGUCGAUGAAAUGACGGCCACUAUGGCUCUGUUGGACAUCGAUGCCGACAUCAUUGUGGCUCCACCUGGCACUCUUCGAGAGCUGGUGCGUAUUGGAAAAUUGGACGCGACCUAUACGCCCAGCGAUCUCUUUGUGUGCAUGGCCGCCGAGUAUGACUCUACACCCUUGGCCGGCAUUGUCCGCCAUCUCAACGAUGUGGACGUGGCCUACUCGGGCGGUGUGAUGUUCACGUCAAUGAAUAGUACCAUUGAAAGUGUUGCCGAUUUUCAAGGCAAGACCGUGGCUGCGAUUGGUCGAGACUCCCUCCUUGGCUUUCAAGCGCAACGCCAUGAGCUAUGGAAGCAAGGCUACAACACCUACGAACUGUUCUCCCAGGUCAUUUACACCGGCGACGCCGAGCAGGUCGUCUGGGAAGUCCUCAACGGCACUGCAGACGUGGGCUUUGUCAAGAGCGGUGUGAUUGAUGGAAUGGUUAAGGAUGGUCUCGUCUUCACCCCGGAUAUCAACUUUCUCAACGAGUAUAAUCACCGGUUUCCCAAUGGCGAGGCCUUUCCGUUUCGCUGCUCCACGGGUCUUUUUGGUGGUGCGUGCCUGCCCGCCCGCUCGCGCCGGCUCGCCUGUAGCUUUCUGAUGGUGCACACGGCCAUCUCGCGCCUGUUUGAUCUCAAUAUGACCCAUUACCAAGCCAUGGGGGUAAAGGGCGUCAGCUACUUUCGCCCGCCCUUGGCCUACAUUGAUACCUUGAGCCUUUUGCAAGACCUCACAAUCAUGGUUGAGGACGACUCAGAUCAAAGGAGCUGCGAAAAAAUGAGCUCAAGCACCGAAGACGUCGUGUGUGCCUUUGGCUGGGCUCCAGCCGACGACGUCACUUGCCAGUCCACCGACCUCUAUUCGUGUCCAGUGCGCGAAGGCUUCAACUAUACGUGCAUUUGCGAGCCUUGCGUGCGGAUUUGCCGCGCUGAUGAAACGUACACGUCAAAGGGCACGUGUCGUUGUAAAACGGGCUUUGUUCGCAUCGGCUCCACUUGUCAGCAAAUGGGCGUCUUCAUUCUCCAAAUCUUGAUCCCGAUUGCCCUGCUGGUGGUGCUCUUGGUGUUUUAUCUGCUGCACCGCCAGCAUUUGAAGGCGGAUGGCAUUUGGCAAAUCAACCCCGCUGAGCUGGUGAUGGAGCAGCCGGCCGAGGUUCUGGGCUCGGGUUCCUUUGGUGUGGUACUGGCGGCCAAGUUUCGCGGGCAGAUGGUGGCCGUCAAGCGCGCAUAUGUCAGCAAGAAAGGCAAGUUUCGAACCUCAAGCAAAACGCAUGAAAGUACCCUGAAAAGCGGCACCAACAACGGGUACGGCCUGCCCUUUCACUCGCAUCGGCGCCAGACGGGCAGGAGCAAGGAGCGCAUGGCUCGCAACUUUGUCCGCAACGUCUUUGUCGAGGCUGAAGCCGUGGCCGAAAAGCUUGGUAGCGUUAGUCAUGGGUCGACAAUUCGAUCCGGUCGCGUCACUACCAUGUCCCAGCGCCCUUGGGAGUACAUGGAGAUGGGUUCGCUGUACAGUAUGCUUCACAAUGAGGCCAUGGACUUGGACGAUGACUUUCGCUACAACGCCAUUCACGACAUUACCAGCGGGAUGCGCUACCUGCACAACGCAGACUUGAUCCACGGCGAUCUCAAGGCCCUGAACUGCUUGGUCGACAGCAAGUUUCACGUCAAAGUGUCCGAUUUUGGUAUGGCUGGCUUGGCCUCUGAGCAUAGCCAACGCGGAGGCACGCUAUCCUGGAUGGCACCUGAGUUGCUACAGGGCAACAUCACGUCAUUUGAAAGCGACGUCUAUAGCUUUGGCAUUGUCAUGUUUGAAAUUUUCUCCCGCGAGGACCCCUACGAGGAUGUUGACUACGACUCAGAGACCCUGGCACAGAACAUUGUGCGGCGCAAGCUUCGUCCAAAUGCGCCAACCAACAUGCCGGCCGAGUUUGCUGUGCUGAUGAAUGAGUCUCUGGCAGCAGAUCCCGACACGAGGCCUACUUUCGUGGAGCUCUUGCGACGUAUUGAGCCACUCGAAGGCAAGAUGAAGAUUAAUUCUCGCAAGGGCGCCUUCCAGGACAAUGCUUUGCUCGAGCAAGUCUUUCCCAAGCACAUUGCCACAGCCUUGCGCGAGGGGCGAACCAUCGAGCCUGAGCACCACGCCGAGGUUACCAUCUUUUUUUCAGACAUUUGCGGUUUUACGGAUAUGAGCGCCACUCUAGAGCCCAUGCAGGUUUCCAACAUGCUGGAUCGCCUCUACCGGGAGUUUGAUCAGCUCUGUGACAAGCACGGACUAUACAAGAUUGAAACCAUUGGCGACGCCUACAUGUGCGUAAGCAACCUAUUCACGACACAAUCAGACCACGCGGCGCGUGUGGCACGAUUUGCGAUGGACGCCUUGAAAGCUGCCAAUGCCAUCCCCAUCUUGGAAAACGAUCCCGACGGUCCCCACAUUGACAUUCGUGUGGGCUUUCACAGCGGCCCAGUUGUGAGCAACGUUGUUGGCACGUUGACGCCGCGCUUCUGCCUUUUUGGGUCGACCGUCAACUGCGCAUCGCGCAUGGAGAGCAACAGCGUGCGAAACUGCAUUCACAUGUCCCCCGAGGCGGCAGCGCUUGUGCAGAAGCAGGAUGUGUCCCUCAAUGUCAUUCGACGUGACCCAGUAGUGUCCAUCAAGGGCCUGGGCAAGAUGCAGACCUACUGGCUUGGCCAUGCUCCUCAGGUUUCAGACACUGAGGAGCAACCAAAUCGCAAGUCACGCAAGUCACAGUUCAGCGUGGCCUCCAUGCGCAGCUUGGCCUCUGUUCCUAACGCGCGCCGACCCUCAAACAUCCGCGACUUGGUUGCACCGCCCUCGCCCAUGGCACCCCAGGCGAUGUUUGACAGUGUGGCUGUGGAUAUUGUUCCAGAUGACUCCAAGAUCGAUGCAGGAAGCUCUUCUCGUCCCUCCCUGACCAAGUCGGCUGUGACGGUGCGCUUUGAGGAGAAUGACGGUGACAAAUCGAGUGACCUAGCCUCUCUGACAGCAGGAACUAUCGAUAUCGAGCUGUCGGUGGACAGCAACGUUUAA